AUGGAUUACUCUGCUCUGUCUCUGCUACCACUUACACCGAUGAUGUUGUUGUUCUUUGUGCUGGUGCUGUUGUUUCCAUUGAGUCUCUUAUUAGUAAGGUCACGUAAGAAGCUACCGUACCCACCAGGACCAAAUGGGUUACCCAUCAUCGGUAACAUGAACAUGAUGGACCAACUCACUCACCGUGGACUCGCCAAACUCUCUAAGCAAUACGGUGGUCUCGCACAUCUCCGUCUAGGUUUCCUCCAUGUGGUCACUAUUUCAACCCCUGAAAUGGCUCGCCAGGUCCUCCAAGUCCAAGACAACAUCUUCUCCAAUCGCGCAGUCAAUAUAGCCAUGAAGUACCUGAGCUACGACCAAGCCGACAUGGCCUUCGCCCAUUACGGUCCCUUCUGGCGUCAAAUGCGUAAGCUCUGUGUCAUCAAGCUCUUCAGUCGCAGAAGGGCUGAGUCCUGGGCGUCCGUCCGUGACGAAGUGGAUUCGAUGGUCCGCAUAGUGGCGUCCAAGGCCGGGGAGUCCGUCAACAUCGGAAAACUCGUCUUCGAACUCACAAUGAACAUCACCUACAGGGCUGCGUUCGGGUCGGAUAUCCUUGAGGGUCAGGAGAAGUUUGUGUCCAUAAUGCAGGAGUUCUCUAAGCUGUUCGCCGAUUUUAACUUGGCUGAUUUCAUUCCCUGGCUCGGCUGGGUCGACCCACAGGGACUCAACCGGAGACUCGUGAAGGCCCGGAAUUCCCUCGAUGUAUUCAUUGACACGAUCGUUGACGAACACAUUGCCAGGAGGAUGAACAGGAACCAAUCUGACGACGCAGACGUCGACACUGAUAUGGUAGACGAUCUACUUGCUUUCUAUAGUGAAGAAGAACCCAAGAAGAGCGGCGAAUCGGACGACUUGCAAGGUUCCAUCACCCUAACUCGAUAUAACAUUAAGGCCAUCAUCAUGGAUGUGAUGUUCGGGGGAACAGAAACGGUGGCGGCGGUGAUAGAAUGGGCCAUGACGGAGCUGAUGAAGAAUCCAGAGGAUAUGAAAAGGGUGCAACAAGAAUUAGAGGAUGUGGUAGGGCUUGAUAGGAAGCUUCAAGAGAAGGACUUAGAGAAGCUCAACUUCUUCAGAAGCACAAUGAAGGAGACGCUCCGACUCCACCCGGCGAUCCCGGUGAUGAUCCAUGCGACCGCGAAGGACGCGGAGGUGGCAGGCUACUUCAUCCCAAAGGGUACACACGCGCUUGUCAAUGUUUGGCAAAUCGGGAGGGACAAGAACACGUGGGAUGAGCCUGAUAAGUUCAAUCCGUCUAGGUUCCUGAGAGAGGGUGCCCCAGACUUCAAGGGUAAUAACUUCGAGUUUUUGCCAUUUGGGUCAGGUCGAAGGUCAUGCCCAGGUUUACAGUUGGGGUUGUACGCCUUGGAGUUGGCGGUGGCCAACCUCCUUCACUGCUUCAAAUGGGAGCUGCCCGACGGCAUGAAACCCAGCGAGAUCGACAUGAGCGAUGCAUCCGGAUUCACCGCUCCCAAAGCGGUUCAUCUCGUGGCUGUACCCACUCCUCGCCUCAACGUUCCUCUCUACUGA